GUAGACUUGUUGACCUGGCGAUCAUACAUCAACAGGGCUGUCACGCGCGACUAUGGCGUUCAUGGGGCAGCUAUGCAUGUGGAUAUCAUUCAACAAGCGGACUCGUGGAUUGUGAUUCGGGUGCUGCGAAGCGACAAGUCCAAGAUGUGGGAUGCUCUAUCUGGCUUCACAGAUGAGCAAGCUGGUGUUGGACUGCGCGUGGAGAAGGUUAGUGACUUUUUAGCU